GAUUGCGCGUACCCCCUCCCCCGCUGCACCCGCCCUUGCUAACAGGCUCCUCCCGCCCCCUGCAUUGCUGAAGCUGCUGCUGGCCGACAUGGACGUGGUGAAUCAGCUGGUGGCUGGGGGCCAGUUCCAGGUGGUCAAGGAGCCCCUUGGCUUUGUGAAAGUGCUGCAAUGGGUCUUUGCCAUCUUCGCCUUUGCCACAUGCGGCAGUUACAGUGGAGAGCUCCAGCUGAGCGUGGAUUGUGCCAACAAGACCCACAGUCAACUCAACAUCGAGGUUGAAUUCGAGUACCCCUUCAGGCUGCACCAAGUGUACUUUGAUGCACCUGACUGCAGAGGGGGCACCUCCAAAGUCUUCCUACUAGGGGACUACUCCUCAUCAGCGGAAUUCUUUGUCACCGUGGCUGUGUUUGCCUUCCUCUACUCAAUGGGGGCUCUGGCCACCUACAUCUUUAUGCAGAACAAGUACCGAGAAAACAACAAAGGACCAGUGCUGGACUUCCUGGCCACGGCAGUGUUUGCCUUCAUGUGGCUGGUUUGCUCAUCGGCAUGGGCCAAGGGGCUGUCGGACGUGAAGAUGGCCACAGACCCAGAGACCAUUAUCAAGGGGAUACCUAGCUGCCACCAGAAGGAGAAUACAUGCAAGGAGAUAAGAGACCCUGUGACCUCUGGCCUCAACACCUCUGUGGUGUUCGGCUUCCUGAAUCUGGUGCUCUGGUUCGGCAACCUGUGGUUUGUGUUCAAGGAGACAGGCUGGUCCGCCCCAUUCCUACGCGCACCUCCUGGUGCCCCUGAGAAGCAACCAGCGCCUGGGGACGCCUACGGCGAGGCGGGCUAUGGGCAGGGCCCUGGCGGGUACGGGCCCCAGGAUUCCUACGGGCCUCAGGGCGGCUACCAGCCCGAUUACGGGCAGCCCGCUGCGGGCACCGUUGGUGGCUAUGGGCCUCAGGGCGACUACGGGCAGCAAGGAUAUGGCCCUCAGGGUGCGCCCACCUCCUUCUCCAAUCAGAUGUAGUCUGGUCAGUGCAGUCCAGGAGGACCCCAUGGGUGGGCAAGAGCUCAGGAGAAGGCCUGCCCUCCCUGCUCACCCCUACACCCCAGGUCUCCACCCCUCAAGCCAGGAGACCCUUAACUGUC